AUGAGUGGGAAUGUCACCACAAAACCUGAGUUUGUUCUCUUGGGACUAACCUGUCGUGUGGAGCUUCAAGUCCUAUUUUUUGUCCUCUUUCUAACCAUCUACAUAAUCACUGUAGUGGGAAAUAUGGGCAUGAUGGUAUUAGUGCGAAUUACUCCCCAGCUUCACACACCCAUGUACUUUUUCCUCAGUCAUUUGUCUUUUGCUGACCUCUGUUUCUCUUCCACUGUGAGUCCAAAGAUGUUGGAGACUCUUGUAGUGGAAAAAGCAACAAUUUCCUACUCAGCCUGUUUGGUGCAGUGCUACUUUUUCAUUGCUUUGGCCCAUGUGGAAAUGUACAUCUUGGCUGUGAUGGCCUUUGACCGCUACAUGGCUAUUCAUAAUCCUCUGCUCUACGGCAGCAAAAUGUCUCCAACUGUGUGCACAUUUCUUAUCUCAGUGACCUAUGUUUAUGGCUCUCUCAUGGGUCUUAUGGAGACCAUGUGGACUUACAGUUUAUCAUUCUGUGGCCCCAAUGAGAUUAACCACUUCUACUGUGCUGACCCUCCACUCAUCAAACUAGCUUGUUCUAGUACUUACAGAAAAGAAACAUCAAUGUUUGUUGUUGCUGGGUUUAACCUCACCUUUUCCCUGCUCAUCAUUCUCAUCUCCUAUCUGUACAUUUUCCCAGCUAUCUUCAGAAUUCGCUCUGCAGACAGCAGGCGCAAAGCCUUCUCCACAUGUGGAUCACAUUUGACAGCUGUCACUAUAUUCUAUGCAACUCUCUUCUUCAUGUACCUGACACCACCCUCUGAGACAUCUGUGGAACGAGGGAAAAUGGUGGCCGUAUUUUAUACCACAGUAAUCCCCAUGUUGAAUCCUAUGAUCUACAGCUUAAGGAACAAAGAUGUUAAAGAAGCCUUAAGCAAACAACUCUUCAGAAAAGAAUUUUGUAAACAAAUCUCAGUACUCAGUUGUAUAAAAUAG